UUGAAGAUAAGAAAGAACAUUUUAACACGCUACAGUUCAGAGUGAGAGAGCAGGAACAGCAACUGCAGCAAUGGAGGACUCCACCACCUGGUCCACCUCACCCCUGCUUCUCCUCUGCGUCGUCCUCUCACUUUUAGCCUCGCUCCUCUUUUUGCUUCACCAUAGCCAUGGCCGCAAGAACCCAAACAAAAACGGUAAGGGCAGGCUCCCUCCCGGGCCGCCGGCGCUGGUCUUCCUUGCCAAGUUCUUGGCGCUCCGUCGAUCCAUCUUUGACCUCGGCCCGCUCCUCCGUGACCUGCACGCGCGCCACGGCCCCGUCAUCUCCGUGCGCUUAGCCCGCACGCUCGUCUUCAUCGCCGACCGCCGCUUGGCGCACCGAGUCCUCGUCCAGGGUGGCGCCACCUUCGCCGACCGCCCGCCGCUCAUCGACCCAGGCCACCUCUUCACUGCCGGCGCGCGCGAUAUCAGUUCUUCGCCGUACGGUCCCUACUGGCGCCUCGUCCGACGCAACCUCGCAGCCGAGGCGCUGCACCCCGCCCGCGUCAGCCUCUUCGCGCCAGCGAGGCGGCGGGCGGGGAACGCGCUCGUGGGCGACCUCCUCCGCGCGCAGGGCAGAGACGGAUCGAGAGCCGUCGAGGUGAGGCCGUUGUUCCGGCGCGCGCUGUUCGAGCUGCUCGUGUACAUGAGCCUCGGCGCUACGCUAGGCGCGGAGGUACUCGACGAGAUUCAGGAGCUGCAGCUGCGGAUCCUCCGCUCCAUCACCAGCUUCCCGGUCUUCGCCUUCUUCCCAGCUAUAACCAAGAGGCUCUUCCGCAAUCGGUGGGAGGCGUACGUCGCCGUGCGCCGGAGGCAGGACGAGAUCUUCCUCCCGCUGAUCCACGCCAGGCGCGCCGCGCGGCUCGGUGGCGACGACGACCCGCCGUGCUACGCGGACUCCAUCCUCCCGCUGCGCGUGGCCGAUGAGGGCGACCGAGCGCUCACGGACUCCGAGAUGGUCAGCCUCUGCUCCGAGUUCUUGAACGCCGGGACGGACACGACGUUGACCUUGCUGGAGUGGAUCAUGGCCGAGCUUGUCAAACACCCCGACGUCCAAGCCAAGGUGUACGAGGAGGUGAAAGACAAACCAGACCUCAACGACGGCGACCUCCAGAACUCGCCGUACCUGAAAGCCGUGGUGCUCGAGAGCCUUCGUCUGCACCCGCCGGCCCACUUCGUCCUCCCGCACGGCGUGCAGAGCGACGCGGACAUCGCCGGCUACACGGUGCCCAAGGGCGCGGAGGUUAACUUCCUGCUCGCCGAGUUCGGCCGCGACGAGACGGCUUGGACGGCGCCGCUGGAGUUCCGGCCGGAGAGGUUCUUGGACGGCGGCGAGGGGUGCGACGUGGACAUCACAGGGAGCAGGGAGAUCAAGAUGAUGCCUUUCGGUGCCGGGCGGCGAAUAUGCCCCGGGUACACGCUGGGGAUGCUGCAGGUGGAGUUCUUCGUAGGGAGCCUCGUUAGGGAGCUGGAGUGGCUGCCGGCGGCGGAGGGGGAGGCCGUCGACAUGACGGAGGAGCUGGAUUUCACCACCGUCAUGAAGCAUCCGCUCCGAGCUCGCAUCGUGCCAAGGAGUUGAGUUACUACCAUCGAUGCUUGUCCUCUCAAGAUCAAAAUAAUCGGAAGAUGCAACUAGCUAGCCGAGUAUUUGCUACUCAUGUUUGCUGAUGUGCUUGCAUCUUGUAAAUGAAAUGUGUUGGACGAAACACACACGUGAUGGGUAACAUAUGUAUUUGUGAACUGAUUUUUCGUAC